GGGGAAAUAUUCUAUCCUUUAAUAGUUCCUAAAAUAUCUCAUUUUUCUAGGAGAGGGGUGGACGAUAACUUCCUACAACCCCAAACACUGCAAAACACUAGUGUAAACUUUGCUAUUCAGAUCUCGCUCCAUGUUGGGGGGUUUUGCGUCUGAAAAGAGGAAAAAACUAGAAAGCAAGCAAAUGAGAAGACUGUGGUUUAAUAAACCAUAAUUAUGCCAUGACUUUAACUGAUGGCUAAAGCUGUUGUAAUAGGCUUGUUUUCUCCUCUUUCCGGACAGAGGUGGAUGCCAGCAUUUAUAGGCUUCUAUUUCCAUUCAUCGAAUAAAUAAAGGGUGAUGGUGGAAUCAUUUAACAAGGGAAUUGUAUUCCUUCCAUGUAAUUGAUCCCUCCUGCAGCUCUCCUGCCGCCAGAUUCUUAUUUAUUUAAAUGAAACUCUUGAACUUCAUGGAAACAUCAACAUUUUUGUUCAGGGGUGCCCCUGCUUGUCCUGAUUUUUUGUUUUUAAUAGAGACCGUAAGUAGUGUCAGCAAAGCAGAAUAACCUGCUUAAAAUAAUUUUAUGGUUACGUUUAGUUGGUUGUCAUUAUUUCUCAAAUACUUUAGCUUUAGUUUAAGGGUUCACCCACAAUUUAAACAACUUGUUUAUUUAAAUACCUAUUGUUUUGCUUCCUGGCCUUUCCCAACAAUUAUAAACCAGCAUAAUUAAGGAGGUAGAAUCAAAUUGUUCUCUUUUUAUUUUUUAAACAUGAAAUUAAGCUUCUAGAUCUUACGGUUAGGCAAAAUGCUGGAAAAAUCUCUAGGAAAGACAAGAAAAUGUUGAGUGAAAAUUCCUCAAAGUAAAGAAAAAAAAUGACUUCUUUAAUAUAUUUUUCUGUACUCAUUUGUUUUGGAAAAAUCUCUAAUUCUCCCAACUUUAUCCAGGGUAAAAUCUGGAAUUUGUUGUCAUUUUGAGACGCUGUCUGUUUUCUUCAGGGUUCAAGAAGCUAAGUUCUUUGCAAUUUCCUUUUCCAUUGCCGAGGGAUCGAUUGCAACAUAAAUUUGAGCCUGGAAGGCGCGGAAGACGGUGAUGCCUGUCAGAUUUUCCAUGAUAAAACUCUGCUCUCCGUUGCGCAGAGACCGUUGAUUUGCCAGAAACCCCAAAGGGAUUUGCGAGGCACAUCAGCCUUCUCCAACCUUGCCUUUGCGUUAUCUUCUGGGUAGAUGAAGAUCUUGGAGCAGUGAAAUGAAGCUUCCUGCCGGCUGUGUCCAAAAUGUCUUCGGAGUCAUCUUCAGCCCACCAACGGUCUCCACCUCCCAGGGCUCUCCAUCUGCCAGAAGGCCGCCGGACCAGAGACCGCUCUCCUUCCCCCAUGAGAGGUUACCUGAUCCCAAGCCCACUUCCGACUCGGAGGAACCGCACAUUUUCAGCGACGACACGAGCCGCUGAAGGGCCCACCUACAGUGGGGUGUGUAAAUGCUUCUGCCGAUCCAAGGGCCACGGCUUCAUCACACCUGCUGACGGAGGCCCAGAGAUCUUCGUCCAUAUUUCUGACAUUGAAGGAGAGUAUGUUCCGGUAGCUGGUGAUGAGGUCACCUACAAGGUGUGCACCAUUCCACCAAAGAACGAGAAACUUCAAGCUGUAGAAGUCAACAUCACCCACCUAGCUCCGGGCACGAAACAUGAGACGUGGUCAGGACACGUGGUCAACUCCUAGAGGGAGUUCUGAAGCCAUGUUGAUUGAAGAGGACUAUUGGAUUGUGUUCAACAACUUAGAGUAGCCAAGCCCGAUGAGUUUUCUGCAGAUUGUGUAAUUGAAAGCAGGGUUCCAAAGGUAGCCAGAUUAAACCCUUUUUUAAUAAAAUAAAAAGAAAUAGCACCAUGAUUUUCAAAGUAUAUAAAUUAAAAAGUGGAAAAAGUCAGUAGUGUUUAUGCUGGCAGGAAAGCAAAUGUUUAGCUUUUGCUUUACAAUUUGAAUGUGUGUGUGUGUGUGUGUGUGUGUUUUCCCCAUUGAGCAGGAUACCCAAAAGAUCUUAGAAAGAUCUCAUCGGAAGAGGAAAAGUUGGAACCGAUCCAUAUGUUCAAAAGAUGAUCCCUCUGGGUGGUCCUUCCUCAAUCUGAUACCUUUCAAAACACAAACUUCCCACUCGGAAGGCCAGGCUGGCUGUGCAGCGUAGUGGUUGAAGUCCCAACACAUCUGAAUAGAUCAGAUUGAAGAAGGCUAAGGUCAAGAGGUUUCCUGCUUUGGUGGUAGUUUAGGAGCAAACAAUGUAAGAGAAUGCUUCUUCGCUUUAUAGCAGAAAAUUACUGAUUUUACUGGGUUUUUUCUUUCUUUUUGGAUUAGGGAAACCAAGGUUAAUAGCUUGAGGAAAUACCUACAAAGGGUUUGUGUUCCUAUAAUUUGAUGUUCUUGAAUGUUUUAGGACAGCUAAAAAAGCAACCAAAAGCUGCCUUUUUGCCAUGCAAACUUUUUUUCACCUAGCGUUUUGGUUGAAUAUUUGUAUGUUAGUUCCUUUUAUUUUUAUUUUUAUUUUUCUCAAAAAUACACAUCAGCUUUAUGGCAGCGGCUUGCUACAUGUACCCCCCCCCCACACCCUUACCUGAUUCAAACUUUGAAAUCAUUUUUUGGCUUCUUCAGGUGACAAUCUCUGCGAUCACAGCUGUUGUGUGCACAUAUUUAAAGGUUUGAGGUUUGUAGUUUGUAGUUCAUCUUCGUUUCAAAACGCCUUUUCUCUUUGUCCAGCGGGAAA